CGCUAGUCUCAAUGUUUUGUGUCGUCAAGUAUUUCUUGCCAAGCGACAUCUCAAUUUUUUAAGAAAGAUGGCCCGUUUUAAGACGGUCCAUCCCACUUUGGAUGAAGAGUUUAAGUUAAGUGAGGGAGAAAAUUCUAUCAAUCAACCUCAGAAAGAACCAUUAAGAUUUCACCUGGAUACUACUCUUCUAGCUCCACAUCUUGUAGAUCUUGUUCUGGAAAUCCAGCGAAUAGCUGAGAGUACCCUCUUUCAUUGGAAAACCUUUCCUCUCAACCUGCCCCAACCCAUCGCAGUUCAAGAAUUCAGUGAAGGUUCAGCAUCAACCAGACGGAAACCCCUGGUUGUGGAAAACCUUUUUGACAUUCCCUCAUGGGACGACCUGGAUGUUGUAUCUGUUGAUGCACAUGGUGAAGCUAAACACCUCAGCAAUAAGCAGUUGACAUCAGUUAGGCAGCAUGGUAUAACACAGAAAAAUGGUACUUGGAGAACAUUAACAGCCGAUCAACUGCGUUCCAUAAGCAAAACAGGGUCGUUCACUGUGGCCAGUGUAAAUUUCCCCGGACAGCAACAUACCUGGCGAGUGAAUCCGCUAUUGCAAAAAGGCUCAGAGGUAGCGAUGGAUUCACUACUUAAUACAUUGGCCUGGUCAGCCGCAGUUAUAAAUUUGACAGCUAGCGAGAGGUUCACCGGCGAUGUGUUUAGCGUUCGCAAAUCAAUCCGCAGCCUCCGCAUGGGAUUUCAUCGCUUUCUGGAUUUGAUAUUCGGUAUGCCAAGUUUGCAGCCACGAGACUUCGAAUCACGCCUGCACGAAGAGCGAAGCCGCUAUUUAGUGGCAGAAUUGUUAUGCGCGGUUGAAUGCCAGGAAGAAUAUAUUGCCUUGUGUCGUUUCAUUCGCCACUACCUUGCCCACCAGCAAACGUCUGGGGGUAGCGGGCGACUGUCGGAUGUCCGACAACAAAAGCCCCCGCCUCUCCCUUACAUCUUCCAAACGCCAAAAGGGAUGUUGAUUGACCUUCGACUCUUUUCCAGAGAAAUCAUGGACAAAGUCAAGCCGGUGGUAAAUAUGGUGUUGCAACAAGAGUCUAAAACACGCUGGUCACGUCAUCACGUCCCAGAGAUUAAAGUUGAUCGGAAACGUAAUGAAGCCGGUCACAGCGGUCCCGACGACGACUUUCAGGAUUUAAUGAAUGAUGAGCCCCUGAAUCGUAUUUGGGAUUCAGUUCUUCACAACGCCGAUGUAGAGCAGCUAGGGCCCGGUAUUGCCCAAUUGCUUGUCGAUCAAGCACGAGCGACUAUCACAAUGAAGAGAGCUGUUGCUAAAGUGCGUGAAAGAUUCACUGCAGACUUGAUACAAGCUGAACUGGACAUUCGCUUGCGUCAUCCUAUGCUCUCCCUUGUCAAACCCUGGAUGGAUAAACAACUUUGCAGCGUUAAGACGAAGUUGGCUAAAGAAUACCAAUGGAAAUGCCACGAAGAAGCUAUUGAGGCGUGCCGCCGCAAGUCACUCGAUCAGUUUGUUUAUUUCCUUUCCCGGGAUCUUGCUUUCCUCAGAGAUCGGGCGCCCAUCUUGAGUAAAGAGCUCUGGGCAGACAAACAGGCCACUCGCUCUUUCAUUUGGGACACUUGGAUUUGGAAUCCCAGAGCUUGGAUCAUCCGCCGUUAUUUUCAAGGCACCGCUGAGGUAAUUCCUACCCACCUCAGUGGGACGCCAACUUCUAUAACCAAUCCAAGAUGCAGCAGCAGUGGCAGCGACGGCCAAGAGCAACCAGUUUACACUUUAGAAAGAAGUAGCAGAAGAACGACGACGACACAAUGGCCACUCUGGCGCUGGGCAAAUUUUUUGCAGCGGGCCUGGGUCUGGUCCUGCAACGGCGCCUACGCUUGCGGUUAUCUUGUUCCUUGGUGCAGCCCAAUCGGUUUAAGAGCUCUUGUGGCGAAUCAACCUUUCUACGCCGAUCUUGAACUGUCGCAGGUCAACGGAACCCUUUGUCCUCGUCGCUCGGCUUACACGCCAACCCUCAAUUCACGUUUGGCUUCACUCUGGCGUCACAUUUCAAAGUCAAGAACCGAAUUUGAAACGAAACCCGACACGGGUUUCAUGGGCAAAGGCUUAACCCGACAGCUCAAUAGAGCCUGGAAUUACGGCUUUAAAGGUCUCCUAUGCAGUUUGUUGUUUCUACUCAUCUUCCCGGUUAUUUGUAUCCUAUGCAGCGCCGGAGGCAUUUGCCUGGCGCUGUCCGCUCCUGUUUGGGCUCCUGUCUUCGCCCUGAUCUACCAGGUCUGCAUAAUCCUAGUCUGGGAUGUGGAUAACCCUGACCCUAAGCGUGGCCCCCUCCUUCCUAUGAUCCGUGUCCUCGUUCGUGACCUGCUACUCGAUGGACUCCUUCAACCUAUCGCCUGCUUGGUCACUGCCUUCAUUGUUUGUCCGCUGAUAUCCCUACUCUUGGCCGUUUAUGGUAUGCUUCAUUGGAUGACGGUUCGUUCUCGAGACGCCAUUAUUUACAGUCUCGCCAUCCGCCCGAGAGGUCGCAUCCCUGCAUCAGAAGGCUUCCUAGUCAAGCGCAUCGCUGGGCCAGGAUUGAAUACCGAGUUUCAAUACCAGAUUUCGAAAGAACAAGCUUUGGCUGCGUUUGAAGCUCGCUUAGAAUCGGACCGUCUGAUUGCUUAUCGCCGACAAACAGAGCGCUUAAUCCGCCGCCCAGCAGAAGAAUUUCGUCUCUUCGUUCAACAAGUGUUCUCCCCGUUCUCGGGAACUGCUUGGUGUCCUACUCCGGUCACUGAAAAGCCCGUCGACAAGGCAGACGCUACUGCCUCGAACUUCAAGUCAUCGAAUGUCGCUGCACAGUUGGAGCGCGAAACGCAAGCUUUAUUAGCGUCGCUGGAAGAAAAGGUGGAACGUCGCUUAGAACAACUUCGAAUGUCAUUGAAUACCAACGCCUUGAAAAAGAUUCGAAUGUCAUCUGCCGAUUUAAAAAUGGUAUUAGUGCGAUCAGCAAUGAUGAUGCGCACUUUCUACCCGACCGAAAUUCUGGUGCGCCUCGGUGUCAAUGAGUCUGAACUAUGGGAACGUUACAACGUAGAAGAAGGAGAUUGGCUUGCUUUGUCGGCCAUCUUUCUGAGUGAAAUAUUUAGUUCCUCAAUCCUUAAUCCCCUAAAUGAUGAAGAAACUCGCAUUCAACUCCAGGCAAAAGAUCUUAAUCUGGGUCGUUAUGGGGCCAUGUUCACUCAAUCCGAUCUUGACAGCGAGCCUUUCGAGUGGCCGCAACGGGCGUUUCAACCAGCGGUUGUACCAUUGCCUGAUUUCUCCUAUUUUAGUCCAGUGGGUCGCGACGCGGCCAACAGCAGUCCGCCGUGGAAGAAAAAAAGGACGACACAGGUGCAUGGCCAUUCAGGACGUCUUUCCGAAGGAGUAGCUUCGUGGAUGGGAAAAUCCGUCACCGUUUCAGAGCCGAGCCGAGCUGGAUGGAAUUCGGAGCUGCUAAUACCCCUACCUGUCUCCCAUCCGGUGCUCAUUUGCAUACUCAUCUACAACCGUCAUCGAGAUGUCGGUGCCAUUCCCUUGGAAUCGGAAUCGUGCCGCCUUCUCAUUCGUUUCUUGGAAGGAUCGGUCACACUUUCUCGAAGAAAAGAAAACACAAUAUCUCGGCCACCCAUGUUGCUGGAUGCUGCGGCCAGCAGAAGCCCAGCAAGUCACAAACCUUUACUGGGCAGUUCGGGAUCGGAUCUGGCUUUGUCACAACCUUCACUGGCAGUUGAUUUCUCCAACACACCCAGCACUAGCCCCUCACAGCACGACACGCUCGUUUCUAUUGCCCAGGACGGAACUCUUUCGCUAGUCGGUACACUCGUCUCGGAGCACGCUUCAGUCGAUAUUGACAUGGGCUUAGACCAGGAAAAUAUUGCGCAAAGUUUAUCAGCUUCUAGAGAUGUUGAUGCUGAUACGGUACUAUCGAAGAGUCUAGGUUCAACCUUAGCUCGAGCCGCCGACACGUUGCGCAUGGCUCUUUUGGGAGAGAAAGCAGAAGAGACGUCGUCUGCGUCUGGGGGUCGUAAUAAAUAUGCAGUUGAGAAUUUCGAGCUUUUACCCAGCAGCGAUGAGCACCUUGCCGCCACUAAUACUGCACCAGAGAGUCGCCCAGAAGUGACUGAAAAGAGUAAGAAGUUUCCCACCUACCAACCAGCGUCUUUCCGUAGUUGGCGUAUGAAUCUCCCUUCACCGAUACGAUAUGAUUCUGAUCCGAGGUUGAGGACCUCCGUAGACUUAAAUCAACCACAACCGACGAGUCCUCGACCACUUGGUCUUUUUGAAUUAAGCAGAGGUUUAGCCCUAGAUCGUGGGCCUGCAUUCAGUCCAGCCCAGCUGUCCAUCGGUAGACGUUUGAUGGAAAGGGGCGAGAUGGCGGCAUCAGGUAGCCAAGAUAGUUUACCUUUUGCCGAAGAAGACGCUUCUUUAGUCGAUUCACCAGAUUGCGAUCUUUCAAAAAAUGCUCCGAUACGCAAAAAUCCAGAAACCUUGGGGAAUACCGGCCAGUCUUAUUGUGAAGUCCAGACAGUGCAGCAAUCUCGACCGGCUGCCGUUUUAGCAUCGAUCGAAGAUUUGAGUCUCAGUAUUGACAGUCAACAUACUCACUUAGAUAUUACAUCUCAACUUGGAACUCAAGUUUGACAUGGUUUUUCUUUACACAAUUUUUGAGUUUAUAUUCUCUACACAUUUACAACUGUUGAGCCCGGAAGCGAUCCAGCCCAAGACGUCUUAUGUUUCAUUUAUAUUGUUUGAAAAACUCCGCGUGUGGCUCGAUAAUCUAUCGCCUUUUCAAUAAGCCAAACUAUCGCGGUUAUUAAAAAAAAAGAAAAAAAAAAAGACAAAUUUGCGCUGACGCUUUUUCCUGUUGAACACACGGCUACGUUUUGUUGAUCUUGAUGCUUGAUGUUUUUAAUUUUCUAAUCUAUUGCGAUGACUUUUUCAUCUGCUCGUGCAAUUGUUUCUUUCCCCACUCCCCUCGCGAUUCUAGUCACUUGAACAAUAUACAUUUUCCUUUUCAA